AUGAACGUGGUAACGACCCCGAGGCCACGUAAAGUGUGCAGUGUAUUAAAUAAGAACAUCUCGUUUUCCAAAGAAAAUAAUGAUGUUGAAAGUACGGAAACUAUUAAGACAGAAAACGGUACUCAAACUAAAUUUGGAAAAGGCAAAGUUAAACUAAUGGAUUGGAAGAAAUAUCAUAGACUUAAUGUUAUAUAUGCGUUUAUAGAAGAACUGGAAAGAGACUAUCCUGCUAUAUGCACUGUCAGUGUUAUCGGAAAAUCUGUGGAAGGCCGUGACAUUAAAAUGUUAAAAAUAUCGAAUAGCAACGCCAGCAAUACAGCUGUAUGGUUAGAUGCAUCCAUACAUCCCAGGGAAUGGAUUACAACUGCUGUGGUCACAUACAUAGCUGACAUGAUCGUUAAGAAUUUCCAAAAUUUGUCAAAUUCUAUGACAAACAAAGAUUGGCACAUAGUUCCAGUACUGAAUCCUGAUGGCUACGAAUAUACACAUACCCACGACCGUAUGUGGAGAAAAAACAGAGCCUGUUACGACGGAGAAUUCGGUGUAGAUUUAAACAGAAACUUCAGUUAUGGUUGGGGAAACAAUGGAGAUGAAGGUUCUUCUGAAGAGCCAAAUAACGUAUUUUACAGAGGUCCAGCACCGUUUUCAGAACCAGAAAGCACAGCUGUGAGGACAAUAAUGGAAACUACAGGAUUGACAUAUAGAGUUGGAAGUACGAAGGACUUAACCUACUAUGCUUGUGGCACAAGCAUUGAUUGGAGUUACGCUAUUGCAAAAAUACCUUACUCUUAUAUGAUUGAGCUAAGAAGCAGAAGGCAUAGAUUCAAAUUGCCUAAAGAUCAAAUCAUGGACAACUGUAUUGAAAUUUGGAAUGCAAUCAAUUCCUUGAUGGACUAUGUAGAUAACCAAAAAUCAAUUUAA